AUGGACAAUUUUGUCAAACUGGUAAGACUAAAUAACUUUGUCAAUUCAGUCUUCCCGAUAUCAUCUUUCCUGCUCAUAUCAUUGAAUUAGUAAAAAACAUAGUUCAAGUAUGAAAAUCAAUAAGUUCUAUCGUUAAAAUUUUCUUAAAACUAUGAAUCUGUCUUUUCUGGCAAGUACUCAAAUUCCGUUUGCAGAGAAUCUAUUAAUAAGAUCCCGAAAGAAAGGAUGAAAAAGUAUGCCCAUCUUGCUUACAUACUGUCUUCAUUCAGAUUAGUCGAGGUGCAGAAAUACUACGUUUGGCCUUCUUUCAUCAUCAUUUAACAGAACUAAACAUAGUCAAUCCAAUACGGGCAAUAAUGACAAAAUCAGCUAUUUUAGAUAAAAAAAAGUUUUAAAGCCCAUAGUAAGUUCGCUUGGUAUAAUUACAGAGUAAAAAGGAAUUUACUUUUUUGCAUCUAUCCUUUGGAUUCACUUAGGUCAUCCACAUCUUUGCAGUUACUUUUUGCUUGGCUACGAUCCUUAGUUCUACAGGAAAAGUUGAAGCCAAACCCCAAGGUCCUACAGGUAAACAAGACAACACCAAAUGCAAUCAUAUCAUGAUACCAAGGAUCACUGCUGACUCUCCUGGGUAUACACCAACCUCUACUAGGAAGACGUGCAUUGAAAAAAUCAUCCCAAUAACUAUUUGUAACAAAAUGUACAAUGUUGCACUUUGUAAGAAACAGAACGGUUGCAGUGGAGUCCCGAAGAUGAUAACUGUGACUUACCGAACAUGCUGUAGAGGAAACCACACUACAUCCGUUGCAUUACCAGGCGGUUGUUCUUAA